AUGGCACCCAAGGUCCUCGUUAUUCUUACUUCGCAGGCAGUGAUUCCUGCCAACAACCACCCGAGUGGCUGGUUUCUGCCGGAAUUCGCUCAUCCGUUCGACGUGCUCACAGGCAAAGUCGACCUGACGGUGGCAUCCCCAAAGGGUGGCGAAGCUCCACUGGACCCGGGCUCGAUCAAGUUCGCCGAGAACGACGCCUCGAGCGUGAAGUUCCUCCAGGAGCAAAAGAGCCUGUGGGAAAACACCGUCAAGCUGGCUGAUGUCCUGCCCAAGGCGGCCGAAUUCGACGCCAUCUUCUAUGUCGGCGGACAUGGCCCUAUGUUUGACUUGACCAAUGACCCGGAGAGUAUCGCGCUGAUUGAGAAAUUCGAUGCGGCUAAGAAGCCUAUCGCAGCCGUGUGCCAUGGCCCUGCGGCGCUUCUUCAGGCUAAGACGUCAUCGGGUCAGCCCUUGAUUCAGGGCGUUGAGGUGACGGGUCUCUCGAAUGCCGAGGAAGACCUAAUUGGUACGACGCCGGUCAUGCCUUUCUUGCUGGAAACGGAGCUGGAGAAGCUCUCGGGCAAGUAUGUCAAGACAGAGCCCUUUGGAAACAAGGUUGUGGUGUCUCCGUCCGGGAACGGUACUUCAAUCAUCACAGGCCAGAACCCAGCCAGUGGUACCGGUGUUGGGGAGGAGAUCCUCAAGGCUUUGGGGCUGUGA